AUGCCAACUGAGGCCAUCGACUUACUUGGACGCACCACCGACCGCAGUUCCCCCACUGGCUGCUUCAUGGAGGACUAUGCGGAUAUACCUGCCGCCCGCUACGUCCGUUGCACAGCUGUCGCGGAGGUCCUUACAGUGCUGCACACAGCGCUGCGCUACUCGCUCGCGUGGCAGCCGGUGGGGAACGCGCUGGCGCAGGGUUCAGCGGAUGUUUUCGGGGUGCCGGACACGCGGCCAGACGCCGAGCGAUAUCGCCGUGUCAGUGAAGCAGGGGAAGAAGAAUUAGUGCACCAACAACGCUGCGAGAGGGCCGAAGGAUGCCAUUCCGCUUGGAGCAGUGAGUUUCUGCGUCCAACGGCUGGUGCGAGUUCGCAUGUACUCGUGACGCUUCUGCUGCGCUUCGGUAGCGGCACGACGAGUGUGUGGCGUCUGUGGGACCUCGCGGGCCCGACCGUCUGGCGCGAUGACGGCAGUGCCGCCUCACGCAUGGCCUUUGCCACCCACACGGCAAUCUCGCAAAUGGCGCUUCGCUACCGCCACCGUGAUCAGCUGCAGGGAGGGUGGUGGGUCGCUGACGCAGUGCCGGAGCGCAUUGAGGAUAUCGUGCCGCUGCACUGGCAGAGUCAGCGGCAGCCGCACAUCGAUGCGGGACUGGACAAAACUACCGCCAUGAUAGAGGCUGUCAUACAGCACUCCUGUUCCUCUCUGUUGUGGAUUGCCUCGCUGCGCUUUGAUGCGUGCUAUGACGAUAUCAACGAGGACGCCCUCGAGGCAGCGUCGUCUCUGCUGGCGGGCAGUGACGGUACCAACGGCCACGUGAUUUCAGAGCUGCGGCGCAGACGGCGGCAGGAGAACUUGGGUGCCGCUGCUCGAGUGCUGGACAUGUUUGCUGUGCCCUUUUCCCGAGAGGCGUCGCCGCGGCUGGUGCCAUCAGAGUGCGCUGGUACUGGUGAGUGUGCGGCGUUGCCCACCGCCGCACUGACGCCGAGAACGCCGCGUCUCAUGUCACCCACGCGGGAGCCACCGAAUAGACCGUUGACAGCUGCGGUGGACUACUUGAACGCCUCUCUUGCUUCUUUCGCGGCCGCCGACAACAGUCUGACAGCAGCACACCUUGACGCCUCUGGUACUUCAUCAGCGUCUCCUCCUUAUGCGGCGGGCGCUAGCUCAGAGGCCGCCACCGCCGCGGGAGUGCUGCGGAGCACGUCGCCAGUUGCUGGCAGCUCUCCUUGGAUGGUAUUCGUUGGCAAAGAGUCCUGUCAGGAGGCACAGCAACAGUAUCAUCAUCAUCAUCAGCAGCAGCAGCAGAAGCACUGGACACCGCCACCUGCUCUCUCACAUCUGUCGCCGAAGCGAGACGCAGUGUGUGUGCCCAACAGGAGCCCAAGCGGGGCGUCGCCGCUGUCGCCGCCGUCCGUAACCGGCACGGAGCACCCCGAGAGCACUGUGAAGGACCGCAGUAGCAGCAGCAGCAGCAUAAGCGGUAGGAGGGGGAAUCUCUUGUGGGACACGACCGCCGACGAGGCGGGGGCGCCGUCCCUCGUCCCGCUCCCCGAGGGGGACGACGGCAGCGAGCACGGCAGCGCGGACCAACACACGGGCUCGAGGUGGCGUGAGGGGGCGGCGCGUGUGCCGAGCGAUGCGCCCGCCGAUCUUGCUAGCAUCGUGCGCCGCCUGCUGGAGCGGCCGUUGGCGCAGCUCCAGGAAUUCUCCCUGCGCCACCAGCAGGAGUUGGCGCGGCAGCACCACCGCGUGGUGGCGCGGCUCAAUGGGCUCUUGUCCUCCGAUGCUGCGACGCUGGAGGAGCUGCAGCGACAAGUCAGGGGUCUCGUCGUGGAGGAAGAAGAGGCGGCUGCAAGGAGGUCGCGUGUGAAGCACGACACCAUCCCCCGCGACAGCGACAACAGCAACAACAACAAGGACAGCAAUGGCGGCUGUAGCCGCAACAAGAGGAACACUAGGAGGCAGGGCACAACGCCGCUGGAUGUCUUUGGGCCAGAUGCUUCUCUGCAGACAUCACUGGAGCUUGAGCUCAGCAACUGCGGCAGCAGCAAUAUCGGCACGCGGCCGUGUGGGUGCGACAGGCUGCAGCAUCGCAAAGUCCCCGCUGUGACGCAUACGAGACAGUUGAUUGCUGCUGAACGGAAGAUCCGCUUCCUCGAGCAGCAGCUAUUGCGUUUAGAGCGUGAAAACAACGAUCUACGCACAGACCUCUCAUUCGCUCGCGUUCGCGGCGGCGGCGGCGGCGGUGCUGCUGCUGCCGCUGCUCCUUCCGCCUCAUCACAAGGCCUUGAGAGUGUCUUCAACGACAUUUUGAAGCGCUGCAGUUCACUGUACGAGAAGAAGGCAGCGGAGGCGGAUCAACUCCGCGGGAAAUGUGACGCGGCGAUGAGAGAAUUGCAGUUUCUACGCGCACAGAAACAACAGUAUGGGCAGGAGCAACAACAACAGCGGCUGCAGCAGCGGGAACGUGUGGCCCCCGUGGAAAAGUUGCCUGAAAAAGCGGUGGCGUACCGUGAAGCCAGUGGCUUGUUCACCAAUUCGACCAACAGGCUCCCUGAAGACGCCAGCGACCGCAGUCACCGCUGCAGCAUCAGCGUGACGACACCGAACAACUCCUUCGUCUCAUCACCCUCCGCGCACGCAGGGGAUUCAGCCACCAUGCGAUUGCACAGCNGCGAGCCACAAGGUUCGCCACGAACCCCAACAGCUCCACGCCGCCGACGCAGCAGCAGCAGCAGGACGCGGUGA